CUCCAGUGCUGGAUGCCCGCGGUGAGGGAACGGAGGGCGAAGGAUUUGGGGGUCUCUCACGUCACUGGCAUCCCUCACCAGGCUGUGUGGGGCGAGGGGGACCGCUUUCCCCGUGUUGUGGGCGUGCCGGCAAGUUUGCUGUGGGGGGAAAAAAGAAUCCAAGCUCUCCAGAAAGUCUUCUCUUUUUUUGUCCCCUCAAGAUAAGGUAAAGUCCAAAAGUUUUUGGUAUUUGUAUGCGUAUCACACAUGAGGGGUGUGAGGCAGACUGGGCUGGCAAGGGGAAAGUGGAGCUGUGGGGUGGGGAGUGACAUCGGGGGCCUUAAAGGAAAUAGAGCUCUAUGGCAACUGCUAAUAAAAUCCUCAUCAUCAUCAUAUGAGAAGCAGGGAAUAACGGAGGGAAGCUGUAAUAGGAAAAUGUGAAUUUAAAGAGGCCAGGAGGAGAAAUGGAAAGCAAGUUGUUUGCGGGAUGGGCACUGGAAGAAGGGGAGAGACAAUGUCAGAAAAGAGAAAUGUAAGUAAGUUGAAAGGGGCUUUGUAGAUGGGGAGGAAUGAGCAGAGAGGGAAGAAGAGAUAGCAGGGUUGAGAAAGGUCUAAGGAGUCAAGAGGGAGCCAUGUCACAGAGGAAAAUGGUCACCGAAGCAGAAGUUGUGAUGUGCAUGCGCCAGGUGAAAGUAGUUUGGAUCAUCUUUUCUUUGAAGGGUUAAGCAGGCCACUUUGCUUUUUCAGACAGGAAAGGGAAUUAGGGGGGGGGGGAGUGUGUAUAUGUGAAGUAUCUAGGAAGUACUUUGAUCAAAGUCUUGUGGCUCCUUAAAAACUAACAAAUGUAUUAUGGCGUAAGUUUUCAUGACUACUGUUCACUUCAUCAGGUGCAUCUGAAGUACUUUGACAUUUAAGAUCAGAUAAAACACACACACACACACGUCACUUUGCUUUCAAGGCUUAUGAGGUUGACCUUCCAGACUAUUCUCCUGAUCUGGGCAGGAAAACUGUCUCCAGCGGAAGGAUCUUCUAGACUUUUGCUGGUUCCAGUUCCACAUGGCUCAGCUGAUACGGCUUUAAGUUUUGCCUAGCAAGGGGAAAUGGGCAAGGACUCAUUGCGCUCAAAAGUGUGACUCCAAACAGUUCUAGUUCUGUUCUCAGACCACCUUGAACCAUCUCUUUCUGCUUUUGGUGUGCCUACCUUUAGGGAAGCCAAUUUGGGUUCUAGCUGCUCCAAGCAAAGAGACAUCUGGAUCGGUUCCCUUUCACUCUUAUUUGGAAGAGAACUAUCUCUGGUGACUUCUUUGAACUUUACCGGGUCAAAACUGAAAGCCUAAUGGGCAACUAACAUGAUACAUUGAUUAAGUUAUGGUGGGCUGCACAACAGCAAGCCAGAAGAAUCCCCUAAAAUAAGAGGCGUCAUGAAGAUGGUGGCCAUUUCAUGUUGUUCACUCUCUUCUUUCUUUGGGGUUCUUAUAAUAGGCAGGACUGGGGUGAAGGAAAGCUGGGUAUCCAACCUGAGAGAUACUAGAAAAGUAGGGGGAAAGCACCUGUGCCAACCUGAUGUCAUACAGAUACGUUGGACUACAACUCCCAUCAGCAGGGGCAUGCAGGGAGUAGUGGCCCAAAACAUCUGGAGGGCCCCAGGCUGGGAAAGCCUGUUCUAGACAGAUGACCAGGGUGGCAAAUGCUGUAAAGCAAUGGCUGCAAUCCUAUCCACCCAUAUUUGGGAGUAUGCAACUGUUGAACUCAUUUGGACGAGCCAAGUAAAUACGCUUAGGAGUCCGCUGCACAUGUGACAGAUGAAAUACAUAGACUGAGGAGCAGAACAAAAGCCAUUGUUCAUCUGUUGACCACGGGAGCUUUCCUCAAACAAAGGCAUAACUGGAUGUUUGGCCUGUGAAUUCUAGUGAGUGGGAAAGAUUUUUGUUGUUUUCGUUCCAGACUAAUUUGGUAGUCUCAGCAGCAGCAGCCUAGGUUGGCUGGAAGGAGAAAGAACGAAAGAGGGAGCAGAGCCAAAGAUGGAAGAUAAGGAGCUCUGUGGAGCCAGUGGCACAUUGUGGUUUGGGCAUUAGACCAAGGCCUUCUGGCUGCAGGGGAAGGGCACUGCUUGGCAUUUGCCACCCGGGGCAGCAAGGACUCAGAGUUAGAGUUUGAGCUCGUUGUAUGUGUCAGGAAUUAUUUAUUGGCUUACAGGGUACUUCCCCUCACAACAACCCUGUGAGGUAGGUUUGGUUGAGAGAAAGUGACUGGACUAAGGUCACCCACUGAGCUUCACUAGGAAUGCAGGCCUCCUAGCCCAACACUCUAGACCAGGGAUAGGGAAGCUGUGGCCUCCUAGAUGUUCGCCCUCAGUGUUAAACCAUGGUUUAAUGUGAUGUGUCAACCAGGCCAUUGUACACAAAUAAAAUGAAUAGGUUCCUACACUCAAACUCACUAAUGGACUGAAGUACGAGGGACCUGGAGGGAAAGGGAGAGGACAGAAGAGUCAGUGCUUAUCCUGACUGUACAGUUGUAGAGAUAUCCCAGGAACAUGUUUAGGCUACUGUGCAAGAAAUGAGAACAUACACACCCAGCUUCCUGCAAAAGCUGCCAUGUCGGUCAGCAUGAUGUAGGGAGUAAUAAAGAUAUAAUAUCUGCCAACUACAGUACAUUCAGGCCUGCUCACUGGCUCCGCUUGAAUGUGACGUAACGAAAAGCCUGAAUGGGCAGCUCUAGACUGACUGGAUGCAAGAGAUGCCUGGUGCUUUGUACUUGAUAAUAGUUUGUGGAACAGGGAACUGCAGCAGGUGCAUCUUUUCUCAAACAUGCCACACUGUGACAAGACCAGCUGCAAAAAUUACAUUUUCUUCACUGUUGUCAAAGUUACAGGAGAUCCCGUUCUUCCUUGGUUCUGGUCACUCCAUGUGUCUACCUUAACCAGCACAUAUUUUUUCUUAAAAUGGUGUAUAUUACAAUUCUGUACAUUCCCAGUUUCUGCUUGUAGCCUGCAAAGAGAGAAGGCUCUAGAGGAAACCAGGCUCAGGAAUGCAUCCCCUUCUUCUGGAGCUUUUCAGGCAAUGUGGUCCACUGAUGGCUCUAGACUCCAUCAUUCCUGAACCUGGUGCCUUCCAGAUGUUUUGUACACCAGCUCCCAUCAGUCCCAGCUAACGUGGCCAAAGGUCUGGGAUAAUGGCAGUUGUAGUCUAAAACACCAGCACCAGAUUUAUGAAGGCUGCUCUAGGCAGUGGAUUGUAUCUCUGUGGUAUAUAAGGAAUGGGAGAAUUAAAAGCAAGAUAAAUUUUCAUCAACAGUCCCUUCUUUUUUUCCUGAAAGGGCUCCUGUGCCUUUCAUAGCUGCAUGACACACAGAAAAUCCAGCUGGAAAUAUUCUCAGCAUGGAGAUACGUUGAUAAGAAAUGCCUGGGACUCUUGAAUUUGUGCUUGUUGUGCAGCUGUGAAAUGUACAGAAACACUGCCAGAAAAAAGUUGGCAACUGUUAUUUACAAUAACUGUAUUUUAGGUUGCCACUAUUUGUUACUGGCAGGGCUUUGGGGCCUUUAACAGCUGCAUGGUGGGAAGAAUUCAACUACUGCAUCUCUGUUCUUGGAUAAAACUAUACCUAUUGAAUUUUGGCCCCUGCAGCUGUUAAAGAUAGGAGACCCUUGCCAUAAAGAAGGUGGCAAAACUGCUAGUACUUCUGAUGAUUUUUAAAAAAAUAUUAUUUUUAUAUUUGAUUAUUAUUGAUACAUAUUAUCUAUUUGUCCUGGAUUUCUUUUUUGGAAAAAGGAAGGUGGGCUACACAUAUUAAAAAAUAAACACUGCAUCUUGCAUUCCUCACUAGCUCCUGUCAUGUGUGUGAGAGAGUAUGUUUGAAUAAAGCACAUGUAUUACCUCCCAGAUUGGGCAGGGGGGAGUGGGGAGAGCCAGCCAUCUUCUCCUGCCCCUGAAGCGUUACAACACUUUGGCUUUUGACAUGGAGGGUUCUGCUCCAUUCCCUGAUGCUGGAGAAUAUGUCUCCCAAAAUGCAGGGUGUACAACCUUUUCAGGGUUAAGAGCCAUAUUCCCUUGGGGGAAGGUGCUUGGGAGGUGGUGACAGGUGGAUUAAAAAGAAAAAGAAAUGGACAUCGCUUCUCUCUCUCUACCUGUCUCCUCAUAAGUCAUGUAUCAUCCAUUCAGUCUCUCUCCACACACACAACACCUAUUAUCUCUCUCACUUCAUUCAUACCUCUUUCUUCUUCAUCCAUCCAUCCAUCAUUCAUUCUUUCUUUCUCUCUCCCUGCCCCAUUCCGAGUUUGGGCGCUGCGCCAAAGAUGGUGAAGGGCUGCAUGGAGCUCAGGUGGGGUGUGGGUGGCCCACCUGUGUACAAAGUUAUCAGUAAAGGCAAGCAAGCUAUUUCUUCCAUAGUGAUGGAAGCCAUAGUUUAUUGGAGAGUGUACAUGGUAGAAGAAGGUCUCAGGCAGAAGGCAGCACCAUGUGCUUAAGACUAACUCCUUCCAUUAUUUAAUAAGAAGGCUAUAGCACUGCUGGCACUGAAUGCAAGUAGCAAAUAGCAAAUCCACUGGGGAGAGGGAGUUGUUGUUACUACUACUACUACUGCAAUCCAUCUUGUGAAUUUUUCAUGCUGCCUUCACCCCCAUGGGUGACCACCACUUCUGUGUCCUUUUGUAGACCGACAAGUGACACUGGCUGCCCAAGGGAUGAAGGGCAGAGGGUCACUGUUUUCUCCCCCUCCUGGGGUGGGGGGAGGGCCGUCAACAUCUAUCAUAAAUCCCAGUUUGAGGUUUUUAAUCUUUCAUUUGCCAGCUGCGUAGAUAAGAGGGGCCCUGAGUGAGCAAACAAGAGCCAGGGCUCGGAAGGAGACGUGGCCCUGGCACACAGCAUGGCAUUCUAGCCUGCCUUGGCACCUGUGCUUUCCAAGGUGAUCCGCAAGAGAGGGAACAAAUGGAGACGGGGGUGGGAUGGAGCUCCUGGAAAGGCUAAGGGCAGGGCCGGCACAAGUCAACAGGCUUAAAAAAAAAAAGGUAUUCAGCUGAGAAAUGGGCACAAGAGCAUUUCUUGGGAGCCAGCUCAAUGAAAGGAAAUUUUGUACUGAAAUCUGGCAACAUGUCAAACCUGUGAACUUUUCGUCAUUGUUGAAAUUUCAAACCCUGAAAUUUCAAACCCUGAAUACCAUUCAGAGCUGCUUCCAAAACAUUUUAAAAAUUAUGGUUUUCUGUUUUUUGGUUGUUGUUUUUUUUUUAAAGAAGUCAGGGCAAUGAGAUAUGGUGAACAGUUGAAGUCAAAACAAAAAAGUGUUAUCUGCUACAUGCAGUGAGAACCCGCCAGAAUAAGAGUGCACAACAAGCAGUAAAAAACAAGUGAGUGGAGAAGCCAACCCACCACACUUCGCAGGGCAAGGUCAGGUGUGCCUUCAUCUGGGUGCUGCUCCUUUGGAAGGCCCUCCCACCCCACUGAAGCAGGCUUCCCACCCUCCAUGAGAUGCAGAGAAGGGCCUCUCUGGAUCUUAAGAAGCAGGCAGGGUGCUAUGGAAGGAGAUGGUCCCUAAGGUAUCCUGGACUUAAGCCAUGCCAGGUUUUAAAGGUAAUCACUGGUAACCAAUGAAACUUAGGCAGAUAUAAUAAAUUAGGACAACUUCCACCCACCAUCAAAUUUUGUUUCAGACUAUCUUGUUGGCCAUCCUGAGCCUUGCUAGCAGAGUGGGGAGAUUAGGGGGGAAGUUAUUCUUGCCUGCUUAUUGGAAGACCUUGUGCCUUCUCCACAACUGCUUGACCAACAAUAUUGCACUAAAUAUAAACCAUGAGAGCACUAAAGCAUAACAGGCAGAAAACCUCACCCACCUGGUGGGGCAUCUCAGAAGAAGUCCUAUUUAAUCGGCCCUGUAGAGCACAAUGCAAAAAGUGCACUUUUGCUACACAAGUUGGCAACAAGAAGCAGUUGAGCAAAGUCUCACUUCUGAGGUUUUCCGUUUCAGACCAUCUCAGCUCAGGAGCCUCACCUUCCUUUCUGUCUUUUUUUCAGAACCUCUUACAGCAGGAAUCCAGGAUCAAGGCAUUUGACUCUGGCUCUGGCGACCUGCUGUCCCAUCUGUUAGCCAGCUCCCAUACCGGUGGGAGGUGGAAUAAGAGAAGCUGGGAGAGAGAAAGAGCAGGCGGAAGAAGAGUUAGCGGAUUAACAUUAAUCCUCCAGCUUUGCACACUUGCAGCCAGACAGGAACAACGACCGGUGUAACAACAGCCUCCUUGAUCACUGCUUCUCCUCCCUCUGUCCAAGGAGAGAGAGACAGGGGUUCCAGUCUACACACAUCCUCUCUGCAUUCCUGAAGGCCCAAACUUGGAAGAAAUAAAUUAGCCUGGUGGCUGCCUUAAAGCUGUGAAGAGACGCUAUCUAGGGGAUCUACAGAGGUGGGUGGAAAUCAGGUGCCCACACCCAGCUGGAAACCUAGAAGUUCCACAACAGGUUGGUCUUGAAUAGGCUGGAAGAAAGACCUCUGAAGCAAGAAAGAAAGCAGGACAAGUGAUGGCAGGAUCCUGGACUGUGACAGGUCACUGAGACACAAACACCUCCAGAGUUGUGCCCACCUCUCUUGAACGGCACUUCGCUGUAUUUCUGAGACAGUGUUUCGAUAAACGGGCUAGAAGAUGAGUCUUGGGAAGCUGCCGGUGAUUGGUUGGGUGUCUGGCUCCCACAGCAAGCGCCGUCUCAAAGUGGAGCUGACCCCGGACAUGAUCAGCCCACCACUGGGGGACUUCCGCCAUACCAUGCAUGUGGGUCGUGGCGGCGAUGCCUUUGGGGACACUUCCUUCCUCAGGAACCAUGGCGGCGAGGAAGCCAAGCCCAACAACUUCUUUGCUCGGACACUGUGGCACGUGAGGAGGAGCCCACUAAGGAGCCGAGGAAGCAGGAACAAGGACGAGGCCUCUCCUACGCCCCCUGCCAUCUCACCCAUCAUCAAGAACGCCGUAUCACUGCCGCAGCUCAAUGAAGGAAGCUACGGGAGUGAUGGCUUUGGAGUUCCCUUUGCCUUCAAGAGCACUCCCAACAGCUUCUCUGGCUAUGGUAGGUGGCAUCUGGUGGUGGAUUGGUUUGCCUUGCUUCACUCUUAGGUGUGCAAUCAAAACCAUCCUACACAUAUGCAAAUGCUUCUUUACUGAAUACUUUUGAGAUUUCUGUUUAUUUAGGAGUGCUGUGCAUGUUUAAGGGCAGCAUGCUGAACUUGGCCUUUUCCAUAAUAGUACAACUAUUUCUCAUUGCUCUUUCUCUAUCUGCUCCAUUAAAUCUCUUUUCUUCAGUUGUUUUACUUGUUACAACACAAGUCUGCAGCUUGCUGUACUAACAAAUCAGUACUUUCUCCUGAGUCAUUGCAACGUGUCCAAUAAACAACAUUAAAUGACAGGCUUGCAUUUAAGUUGUUCCACGGGCAUCACCGGCAAACAUGACUGUACAUAUGUUUAGGUCUAGAGGAAUUUUAAGUGAGUAACAUAAUAUAAAAUAAAAGCUAAGGAGAUAGAAAGUUUUUGGUUGGGACGUAGCUCUCCAGGACUCUGAGCGUUUUCAUAAACCCCCCCCCCCAAGCAAAUGGUAGCAAAGCAUUUAAGUAUGCGCCAUAGAUCGCAUCCAUUUCCUUGUGAUGGCUUUCCCAAUAUACUUCCACCAGUGUACAAGCAGUGAUAUUUCUGCCAAGUCAUGCAAUCCCAGAAUGCACUGCACAUACUCCUGGCACCAUUAAGAAGAGGCUAGAAAUAGCUACGUAUGUUUUCUGGUCUACCCAGUUCUCCACAGAAGUCUGAAAGACUGAUGGGAAACAUGGUUCGGGGAAAAAACAAGGGAAAAGAAAAAGAAGGGGCAGGGUAAAUCUCUCAUUGCAACUAUACAUGCUGUUAGUGAAUAUUACAGGAAAGCAAAGCAAAGGCCCUGGAUAUUUUCAGGAAUGACUAAUGUUUCAGAGACGUCUUAUUUUCCUCAGAGUAAACAUUAGGUCAGUCCAGUGCAUAGGGUCUUCUAUAAAACAGCUACUGAUUCUUUCUUGUUUGCUUGCAUACCUCCACUACCCUGGCUUAUUGACUUGCUUAUUACUUUUCUCUCUCAUCUGUUUCUUCAUUGUUUACUUUAGAUCAAAGUGCUAUUCUCUGAAGUCCUUUGCUGAUUUUCUUUCUUUCUUUCUUUCUUUCUUUCUUUCUUUCUUUCUUUCUUUACCAUGUUACUAGCAAAUAAGCAAGCUUAACUUUGCAAGAGCUAAACUGGUAGAAAUUAGAGCAAAAUAAUCAAGAGCAACAAGAUCAGCUUUGCAGACAUCAUGAGCAAGUCAAAUUAGAUUAAAAUGUACAAGCAAACCAGGAGAGAAAAAUAAUUGAUGUCUGCUGAACUGUGAACAGUAGCAGACAGAGUUGUGUGUGGCACCAUGGCUCACCUGACCUCUGGUUGGUCACAUUGCUGCUGCUUACCAGGAAGUAAUGGAGGAAGGGAGAAGUGGGUGGGUGCAAACACACCAGCAGGAGUGCUGGAUUGUCCCUGCCAGUGUGUUUGCACCAUGUUGGCCUUGCCACUGCCUCACGUCUCUAUGGUAAGCAGCAGCAGUGCAAGCAACUGGAAGUAAGGUGAACAGCAACACCCAACCCCACCAUCUGCUGCUGACUGCAAAUGAUGACAGUAUGGAGCAUCCUAAGGGGAGGAUAGUGCUAUUGCUGUCCUUGCUAGAGUUGCCAGGUCAGGUCAAGAGCAUCCCAGACCCUGAAAUUUCAGGGCCCAAACCAGAGUCCUUGUGGUGGCCCUUGGUGGUGUCAUGGAGAUGGGUCCUGGAGACAAAGGUUAAUUGGGAGAGGAGAGGAGAGGAGAGUAGGGCAGAUGCACACACAGAGCGUGUCUAUGCUAUAAUUUGCAGCCAGCUCAUGCCAGACUGAAAGCUGCAUGCACCAUCUUCUAAAUAUUAUUAUUAUUAUUAUUAUUAUUAUUAUUAUUAUUAUUAUUAAAUGCAGCCUUGCCCACUUGGAGAUUCAAGCCUUUCACAAGCCCUUCAAGUCUGGAAACUCUAGACCUCACUUCUGCCUCAUCUGCAUGCUCAGUGUUAUUUGUGAAAAACCCUGCACAUUUACAAAUUGUACCUCUGGAAAAGACAGGUUACCCCCAACUGGCAUACAGGACAUAUGUGUGUAUCAUUUGCAUAGCAUAGCUUUUCACAACUUAUGCUGAAUGUGUGCAGUGCAUGUGAGUGAAGAUAGCAUUAACACUUUUGCUUUUAAAAUAUAUUUGAUUUGUGAUUGGAAUCAAGAUAUGUAACGAGUCUUGCUUGUCAUUGUUCCCAUGUAAGCCAUACUGGUAGCCUUUUCAGCUUAGAAUUUUUUUUAAAAAAAUAAUAAUAAUAUGUGAGACAAAAACUGGCUGGUAUUUUACAGUACUGGCAUUACUUUAGGGAUUAGUAAGUGUGGAAGAGAAGGAAAUAAAAGAUGGAGAAAGAAAUCUAAGGCUUCAGUCCUGUGCCCAAUUGUUUUAGAAGUCUUAAAUGUGCAAAUGCAGUGGAGAUAAUUUCACUGUCACAUAACCUAGGAUUGGGCUGUACAUUGGUUUCCUGGUUUGUCCAGUAUUGUCAGAUAGUCAUAGUCAUAGGUGAUAGUUAAAUAAUUUGGGAGCAGCCUUGUCAGAAGCUCUGGAAAAGCCUGUCUUUUUUGUCUCGAGUCUGGAUGUUUGUCUCAGGCAACAAAUGCCGAACAUGCAGCUGUUAGGAAAUAGGACUGCGUGUGUGUUUUGGGUAAGGAAUUUACAGCAUGUUUGGCAGAGGAGAAAGGAAGAGAGGAGGAUAUGGGGGAAAGGUGACAGUAACAUGGGCCCUGGAACAGAGAGUAUUGAAUGGAGGGAGAAGCAGACAGACAGGGUGCAAUAGGGCAACCAUUUCUCCAUUGGCAAAACGCAUUGCCUGGUUCACCUAAAAGGGGGAACCUAGACCCUCCACUAACCAGCAUAACUAAAGCUUCUAGCCCUGUGGUGAUUUGAGCUCAAAGCUUUGCAUAGCAGCUAGCUUGACUUUCACUGCUUAAACAGAGCCGCUGCUUGCUCUGUCUAGACUCUGCAUGCCCAAUACGAAAUGUCCACACUGCAGCAUUUGCACUGAGGUGGGACUAGCAGGGAGGUGAAUAACGGUCUCUGUUCUGAGCUCCUGUUGCUGCAGAAUGGCUUUUCCCCAGCUGCCUGGCCCCCUCUAGCAUUGCUGGCGCCUGCCUGGCUUUCAUCAAGGCGGAGAGCAGGGCAACGCUGCCCUCUGUCGAACAUUGCAAGCCAUGCAGCAGUUGCCGCGCACACGUCCUUCCGCCCCCAGAUUUCUUUAUAUCGCCUUUUCUUUUCACCCAGAUUAAUUCCAGCUUUAUGAGUAAAGGGGAAGCCUGGGUCAGUCAUUCAAAUGUAGACCUGGUUCCCCAUUCUCUCCAAUUCAUCCAGCUAAUAUUGCAGUGCAAUCAAGCCUGCAAUCCCAUUGCUUGCUAUUUAUUUGCGGCGCAGCCAACCCUACGAUUUCAUCACUUAGGCCAAAUGUCCCUGGUGCAGAAUUCGCCCUGCUCUUAUCAUAACGGUGUACACAAAAGACUAAAGGUUAUUCACAAACGCUAUUAACUUAAAAGUGAUCAGCAUCUACAUCAAAGUAUCUUUAAACCAAUGAGCCCCACACUACUUGUUGUAGCACUUGAGAGGGACUGGAGAGUGCCUUGAGUUAUUAGGCAGUUAUUGGAUCGCCCAUCAGUUUAUGCCCAAUGGAUCAAGCAAGGCAGCAUCGAUCCCCCUCUUUCUGCCUCUGUAUGGAAAGUGAUAAUAUCCUGAUAGGGUACACAGCCCACCCUACAGCUGAAAGGCAUAGAGGCAGGGGUAGCCAAUGCUGUGGUUGGACUCGCAGCUCCCAUCAGCCCCAGCCAGCAUGGCCAGUGGCUGGAGUUUAUGGGAGAUGGAGUCCAGCAACAGCUGGAGGGAACCACCUUGGAUACCCUUGGUUUGGGGUGAUGUAAGAAGCAUCCUUCUUACCCCAAAAUCUUGGUAUUUCACCCCUGAGCCAUGACUGAUUGGGCAAAGGCAAAGUAUUAACUAGCCUGCCCCCUAACUCCAAGGUAAACACCUUCCUCCUACCAUUCUGGGAGCUGACUGAGUAAAUGAUGUGUUUUUGUGAAAGUACAUUGUGCCUCCAAGGUGGAAAAACACCCUCUGCCCUGGUUUUCGAAAGUUUGGGAAGCUCAGGCCACUGAGCUUUAUUUGCCAGAGGAUGGAAAAGACAAGGAAGAAAAGCGGUGUGCCAUUAUCAUACUGAGAUGUCACAUAUUUCCUCUACUCUCUACAUCUGAUAGAGACUCUGUUGGAGGAAGGGAGGAUACCGGGUGAGCUCAGGGAUGAACCAUUUGCUCUUAGCAUCGAGAGCUGCUCAUUGGAAAUAGCUCAUAAGCCACUGAGCUGUGGCUAAUUUGCAUAUUUUAGUUGCAUGCUAUUAACACAACGUGCAUGAGCAUAGCAAAUGUAAAUCAACAUUAGCUUGACACAGUGCGCUCCUUCUGCGAUAACCUCAUCCUGAAAUUGCCAUCCUCUGAUGCAAAGAAACCUUGACUAAGCACUUGAAAAGCAGCAAAACUGGGUCUUAGAAGCCAUAUCAGUUGUCAAAUGUAAUAAAUGUGGUCUUCAUUCUGACACGCUUGCUUAGUUUUCACCCUUCUUUUGCUAUCACAUCUGUUAACAUCUCUCCAAUUGUGAGGGACAGAGACUCGCAUGGUUUUAAAAAGAAGGAUUGGGCCACACAAAACAGCUUUCCCUUUCCCUGGGAUACCUGGAGACUAAUGCUGACCCAUCCAUAUGUUUUGCAUCAUAUAUGGAUAACAGGAUUGCCAUCCUACACCAGCCUUCCCCAACCUGAUUCUCCCUAGAAGUUGUUAGAUUACAAUUCCCAUCCUAAUGGAUGUGGGGGUGAUGGGUGUUACGUUCGAAAACAUCUGAAGGACACCACAUUGGAGAAGGCUGCCCUGUGCUCUCGUGUGGACUGCAAAGGACAGGUUCUCCCAUGCUUUGUUCUGACCAUUGCUUUCACUGUCUUUUCAGGAGUGGAAUCUGGAUUCUGCACCAUCCCUCGUGUUCCUCGCCCAGAGAAGACCCAGGAAAGCUCCCACCGUGCCGAAUCAGCGCUGAAUCGCUCAGACUCCUUGCUGUCUUUUCGCCUUGACCUUGACCUUGGCCCCUCCCUGAUGAGCGAACUCCUCCAUGUCAUCAGCUUCCCGGGAGAUCACGGCCGCAGCAACACGGAAGAGGAGGAAAGAGGGGAGGGCAAAAUUUCAGCCUGCAGUGACACUGCCUCACCACUUUGCCCAGAGGACACCAGUGGGGAGGACUCAUUGCCCUGGAGACCAGGGUCUCUUCAUGCUAAAAGUGAAGAGAGCAAAACUGCAUCAAGCUUUUGGGUUCGCUCCGAGGCCAGUUCACCACUGGUGCAAUCCGUUUGUGCCAAUGGGGAUUUUCAUUCCAGAGAGUCAUCGCAGGAAGGGUCGCCCUGCUCUAGGGGAAAGCCCUCCGAGUUGGGAGCAGUGCCGAAAGAAACCCACUGGCAAGAGCACCAGAAUGGCUGUGACAUGGAAGCAAGAGAAUUCAACCGGGCAGCCCAGGUUUUAGCUUCCUACCGCAGCCUGCAGCAGCGAGAAGAGCCAAGAAACCAAGCCUCGUGGGAAAGCCCAGAUGCCAACAUGUGGCGACUGAAGGCUGAACAGCAGGAACGCAAGGCCAGAUGGCACCACAGAGUAGAGGAGGAGGAAGACGAGGAGGAGGAAGAAGAGUUCUACAGAGAUGGAGCAAGCAUUGCUAGGGAGAGGCACAGUGAUUCCUUUGACUAUGUUGAUGAGGAGGACGAUGAAGUUAAGGUUUGAACAGCUGUAGAUGCUCUCUUGUGACCUCCCAUCACACUCCCAGGAGAGACCAGUGUUAAAGGGAACUAUGCACCUUGCAGGCCGACUGGUGUGUGAACUCACAGGGUUAGCCUUCUUUGGAGAUGUUCUAGAUGGUGAUAGGCCGGUGAAGAAGGGAGCUCAAUUACCUGCUUUGCUCUCCUGCUCCUCCUUCUGGCUUUGGUGGUCUAAAGAAAGGGACAGAAGUAAAGCAGAACCAUACAAAGGAGACAGCCAGCCUUUGUUGGCUCUUUCAUUGAGGUCAUGGCUCUGCGAUGCAGCCAGCAUUUACAGGUGUUAAUGAGUUCACAUUUCCCUUUAACCCCAUUGGCUGAGUGAUUCUGUCACUGAAAAUUGUGGCAUGACCCCUCCAUGGCCCGGUAAAAAGAAUUUAUCCUUAAGGAAAGAGGGGGAAAACCAAGGAGACCCUGCACACCACUGUCAAACAAUUAUAAGAAGGGAAGUUUUUUGAAAAAGGAGCAAACCUGAGGUCUAGGUGGAACAGGAAAAGCCACAAGAUGCUAGGCUUCCUUCAGUCCCAAUGCAACAUUAUGUCUUCUGCUUGAGGUAAAGAUCACAGUUACUAAUCUUCCAGUCCGAUAUUCGAACAUCAAACUAUCCAAGAUGUCCUCUCUCCUCUGCUUAUAAGGAACACCAGACUUGGAUUGGAUUUGACCUCAAAUUGGCUGUUUGGUGCUCCAUCCAUUUCUUCAUUUACUGAAACCUGGAUUGGACCUGGUCUGUUUAUCCUUCCUUUUGCAUUCUAGUGAGGAAAUGUACAUUUUGGUCUUCUUUGAGGUAUCACUCUGAGCUCAUUCCAGGGAAGCCUAUCUAUGAAGUUGUUAUUCACACUGCUUCCAGGGAUUGCGCAGGAAGUGAGUUCAGGGUCCUCCAUUUUGUGUAAGUGUAGGAAUCCAAUUCACAAAAUGGGAGACAGAGGGAGACUUUUCACCCUGCUCCCUGGGUCUCCUAGAGCAGGAAUAGGGCAUGUAAGGCCCAUAAGCCAUACCUGUUGUUGUUUUUUAACUGUGUCCCCAGCACUCACAGCCUCACUGCCAUUGUGGUAGCUCACCCACAGGCUGCUUGUUCUGGAAGAAAAGCACUUCUCAGGGUAUAGCUGGGUGGAGCCCCUCAGUCUGCCUUAACAUGCCUAACUUGUCCCACAUGGGGAACAUGUGGCGCUCCAGAUGUUGGAACCAAAUUCUCACCAGCCUUAGCCAACAUGGCCAAUGAGCAGGAUGAUGGGAGAUGGAAUCUAAAAACAUCUGGUUUUCCCCAUCCCUGUCCUCAAAGAUGUGGCCUCAGGGGCCAUUCAGACAAGCAUAACGGUAUUAUCGAGUCCUCAAAGACUGUACCCCACCUCAAGUUUCACUAACAAAGUGGAGAGAAGUACAUUUGAAAUGUACCUCACGGGAAAUAUUCUCCCACAGCAACAAUUUCCCACCCCAGAAAGAGUGAAUAUGGUUAAGCGUUCUCUUUGAGCUGGUAAAUUACACAUAGGGAUGCUUUUGGCGGGGAAACACCUCAUGUGAAACAUGAGGUGGGUCACUCUGAAUCCUCUCAUGAGGCACAUUUUGAAGAGGUCGUCACAAAAAAGGCUGGGGGUUGUUGUCAUCUUCUCCUAGCAUAGUAACAACAUAAGAAUCAGGCUCCUAAGUCCAACUCUCCCCUUGCCCCCCACUCUGCAUAUUUUAGGAGAUACUCAUACACAGCCUUUUUCCAGCCCUGUCUGCAUUUUUCUGUGGUCAAAUCACUCUGCUCUCAAGAAACUAUUUAGAUGAUAAACAAAAGGGAUGAGGCGGAUGCCAAAGAGCAAACGCUUGGUAUUCAGAGGACAUACCAGCCAUGAGGAAGAAGUCAUUGUACAGCAUCUGAUAUGGCUGCCAGUAAGAAUCAGAAUGCAUCACACAACAUGAUUUCCCAUAGAAAUCAUGUUUAGAAAGACCCAAGAAGAUGCAUUUUUGUUCCUCUCCCUCCCUGACCCUGUUACUGCAAAAAGAUUCCAUAAAGUUUGUUCUCUUGGUGUCUAGCUCGGUUGACUCAAGCAAACACCAGUCCACAGUAGGGUCUCACUGCCCUUCUACCCAGUGUUUGGGAGGGACAGAUAAGGCAAAGGAGUCUUUUCUUUCCCAUAAUAUAUACACCCUUCAGGAAGUCUUUUCCCCACAAUUCUGUCCAGCAAGGUCCAGUAUUGUAUACUGUUUGUAUACAGCUAGUUCUGUCUAAGAGCGUUAAUGAUUAGAGCACACAGUUUCUCCAAGGGCUUGGGGAACCCUUGUCUGUCCUGUCCUUUCCUCUCCUUCCUGGUGUCUCUGCUCAGCAAGGGGUGUUGGAUCACAGCGCUCCACGUGUCCUCUGGUUUAGAUGCCUCUUGGCAUUGCAGCUUCUCUGGAAUGAGCCCAUUUUCCCCGACACUCACACAGAGAGGUUUUUGUGCCAAGGCAGAGAUUUCUGGGGGAUGAGGUCACACAACUUGUCCCUCACAGCACUCUGAUUGUUCAACGAGCUGGCAGUGGCUGGAGGAAGCCCAUUCCUGCAAAAACUGCCAACGAGAUCUAUGUGGCAGGAGCAGGGAGAGGAAAGCAGGAAGUAACAGCAGGAAUAUAAUAGACAAGCAUUGUGGAGGAAGGCUUCGCCAACGGCUGUUCCUCACUCCCGUGGGUUUUGACUUGCUGACCUCAACCCACUGGUGGCCUGAGGAACUUGAAGAGUUGCAGUUGCAGUUAUACGUAAAUGGCAUUUGUGGGGAGAUUCAAUACUCGGCUCACACUGGUAUUCCAGGGCUGGUCAUCCUGGUGGUUACUGCUGGGUUCUAGGAAGCACUGGGUUAAAUCUAACAGCCAGACUAGAUGUACCUUUGCAUUUAACAUGCACUUUUUAAAAAAGGAAGCUGCCUUAUACUGUCAGAUAAUUGGCCCACCAAUCUCAGUAUUAGCUCCACUGAUGGGUAGUGGCUCUCCAGAGUUUCAUUUGGUGUUUCUCAGCACUUUCUGGGAAUGCCAGGGCUUGAACCUAGAACCCCUGCAUAUGAAUUUUCACACUGAGCUACAGCCCUUGUAGUCAAAGGAAGGUUUGCUCCCAAGGCAAACAGCAGUUUCAAAGGAUUUUUUUGUCAAGACAACAGCAAGGAAAGAAAGAGUUACUCUCCUCCACUCUGCCGGCUGUUGUCCCGGUAGUUAUCAGACAUACACACCACAGCUGCUAAUUGCAUUCUCUCUCUCUCUCUCUAUAUAUAUAUAUAAAACAAUGAGCAUGUUAAAUGCAACGGCACAUUUAAGAACAUGACUGGUUUAGGCCUAAAGCAGGGAUCACCAACUUCCCGCCCCCCCCCCCCAGCCUGUGGGCAAACCAGAGAAAAGUGUUGCUGCAAGGCACCAUGCUCACACCAAAACCAAGCACACACAUGGCAACUACACACACAUGCAAACUCCCCCCUCUGCCAGCAAUUAGACUUGGGGGGGGGGAAGUGUUGUUGCUUCCUUUUGCAACCCCAGUGGAUGUAAUCUUACUGGAGAGUGAGGAUGGGGAGGCAAGAGUUAACCUUCCCUCCCCAAGCUCCAAUAAUCAGGAUGAUCGGUUUCCCACCACAACGAUUAGGUGACUGUAUUAUUAAUUAAUUAAUUAAUUAAUUAAUUAAAUGUUUAUACCUCCCUUCAUCAGAACACCACAGGGCGGUUUACAACAUAAAAACCCAUAAUAUAAUAGUAAAAGGGGGAAAAUAUGAAUCUUCGAAGCCUAAUUGUGGUACAGCUGUGUUUGUAGCUUUUUGGUGGUGGUGGUGUCACAAACCACCACAAUUAGCCUUGGGGAAAAGCAUUUCCAUUGGCUUAAUUUCAGCAGGCAGGGAAACAGAACCUUGUGGGUGUCAGCGAAUGUGUCGGUGGGUGGGUGUGGGUCCAUGGGUGUCAUGUUGGUAACCCAUUCCCCAAGGGAUUGACGGUGUGUGAAAAGCCAGUCAUCCAUUGGAGCUUCCAUAGCUUCCUGGCCAUUUUUCUAUAUGUUAUAGGGAAGCAGAGAGGAGACCUUGUGUUGCUUGCUCUUGACAAACAUCUCUCCAAGAUCUUUCUGGUUUAUCUGAUAAGCUUCAAACCAAAGAUUCCCCCCUUCUAUGUAUUCCUUGCACUUGUUACUGUUCUCAAUAUUACAAUUUUUAUACACAUAUAUUAUAUACUGACUGGUGAUGUGGUAGUCUUUUUUCCCCCCUUGAGACUGGGACAACUUUAGGGAUCUAGAAUAAGGGUCCUUGGUUGCAAGACCCACCCAUGCACCCUACACGAACAUAUCACACCCAUUCAGAGUUCCUCCUGCAGUUUCCUAACAACUGAAGUCUCCUUCCUUAGGCUAUUAAAAUGGUGAUGAGACUGGGGAUGAAUGAAUGACUAAUCAUUUUACCAGACUCCUAGGAAGAGUCUGAUUGGACAGCGUUCUUUGGUUGUGAGUCUACAUGAUGCAUCAGAGGUUAGUUGCCCAAAUACUCAGAACCACAGAAGAAGCAUUCUUCUUUCUUGCAGCAACACAGGCCCCAGAAUUCUCAACCUCUUUUUGCCUUAUAGCCAACCUAGUUCACAAAUGUUAGCAGCCCCCUUGAAAAGCAUCUUUCGCAGGCCUCUCAGCCUUUGUGUUUGUUAUCCGUGAGUUUAAAAGGGAGGAGAUGCAUCUUAAAAGAUGCAUUUAAAAAGAUUCACAAACACAGAUAAUUCAAAAUCCCAUUUCAGGCCCCACCACCAGCUUGGCCCAAUAUGUGUAUUUGUAGAACGGUUCAACGGCAUGUAUUCAGUGCUGAUUUUUUAAAACAUAUUAUUUGGGGGGUGGGGAGAAUUAAGUUUGCAGUCCUCAGAGGAACAAGUAUUAUGUGGGCUGGUAAUGUGCAAAGAUUCGCUUCUAGAUGCAGAAGGCCAAACUGAAAUGAAUUGAUGUGAAAGUGCGAGACACACUUGAGUGCCUGUAAUGCUCCAGGUCACAGCAAUUUCUGGGCUUCAUCAGAUGUUUGGUAGAUGAUGCCUGUGGCAGAUGAUUGCAUGAAGGACACAACCUGUCAAGGGUUUUCAUUCUGUAGCAAUUCCACUCCCCCUCUCCCAGCUUGAGGAAGAUAAGAUAUGGCAAGGCCUAGUUAAUGGCUAACCUGGCUGGAAUUUCCCUAGAGAUAAAAAAGAAGCAAAGAUAAUAUAAAAGGAGGACUCUCUCCCUUGAUGUGAUUCAAAGCACAACACCUGGGUGCCUCUUUCCCCAAACUGAAGGUGUCUGGUACCAAGAUGAAGCUGUUUCUGCAUCAAACCACUAAGUUUAGGCCAUGGGUAGAUAAACUAAGGCCUGGGGGCCGGAUCUGGCCCAAUCACCUUCUAAAUCCAGCCCACGGAUGGUCCGGAAAUCAGCGUGUUUUUACAUGCGUAGAAUGUGUCCUUUUAUUUAAAAUGCACCUCUGGGUUAUUUGUGGGGCAUAGGAAUUCAUUCAUUUUAAAAAAAUUUCAAAAUAUAGUCUGGCCCCCCACAAGGUCUGAGGGACGGUGGACUGGCCCCCUGCUGAAAAACUUUGCUGACCCCAGGCUGACUGGUAGAGAAAGGCCAUAGAGCUGAAGCUUGCAGGACAAGCUACACUUUUGAAAUUCCCUCUUCUACACAGCUAUUAAAACCUGUCCUGUUUUUCACCUGACCAUACUAGUCUGAACUGGUACUGUCCGUUCUUACCACUUCAUCCUGACUGAUGCAGAUGUUAGACCUGCACACAGUUAUUUCUGUUGCUAGGUUUUAAACAGAAGAGCUAAGGCAGCGGGAACCAUGGAAUGGUUGGAUUUGCUGCUUGGCACCAGUUGAAGGGUUACCAGUACCAUGCUGUUCUGUGCCAUAGGCAAAGCUAACUACUUACAUCAGCCCCCAUCCCAUCAAAACUGCCACAUUUAUUUUAAAUUUCAAGAAUAAAAAAUACAGCAGUCUUUGAUUAUCUUUCUCAAAGGCAAAAGAAAAUGUUUUAGCAGGCAAAUCAUUAUGAAUGAUUUUGUGACCUGUGAGUUCACAACAUUUAAGUCUCUUAAAAGUUUCAGUUUCAGGCACAUCGAAACCUCCCUUUGUGUGCCUUCUCCUUUGCAGAUUUUGUCACCAAUGCCUUCAGGUCAAGUGCUAUUGCUUGGGCAUAUUCAGUUAAUAUAGUUGCUAAGCCAAGUAGCCUCUUUUGCAAUAUUGUUGAGUUAUGUAACUUUUUAAUAAGCUUGGGCUUUAAGAAACUGUUCACUACUUGCCACUGACACUGGAAGUAUAAGCAGGAUCCUUAAAGCAACAGAAACAUUAGGCACAUUAUACAGGUGUUUUCGUUGUAGUAUGAAGAGAAGUACUCAUUGUGGCCACAUGGACUGUGGAAAUCUUCGAGUUGUAGAUAGAAGUUCACAGCACAGACCUUCCGCAUCAAUAUCAUUGUUUCCAUUGUGCAUCAGUAAUUUUUCCAAAUUCUUGCAGACCUUAAGUACAUUUUCAAUAGAUUUUUUUGUUGAUACGUUAUAUAACAUAUACGAAACCAAAUAGGGAAUAACAUUGGACUCUCUCUGCAACAGAUUGUUAUGGCCAUGUCUAUGACAGUAUAGCAGAAACCUACUUUGAAUUUCUGUUUUGGAUCUUGUGGUGCAUCUUCUUAGGCCUCACCCUCAAACUUCCAUUUCUUUCUCCUUUUUCUAACUUAUUCUGUCUCAAAGUUUGGUAGUAUUUUUAGCUCCUUUGCAAUCUCAGUAGCAUCUCUCAAAACUUAGCAGGUUCACUAUAAUUCAAGUCAGGCACAAUACCAUCUUCUUAUGCAGACUUCGCAGCACUCUCACUUUUCUUGACAUCCUCUUUUCCCUCUGAGUGUUUUCUAUAAAUAUCUCCCAUUUGUGAAACUUCUGCCUUAGAGUUUAUAUCACUUGCAAUAGGAGCACCACAUCCAGCUCCCUCAGUGCUUGUUUUAACAGGGGUAUCGUCAUACUCUUGUUCUUCAAUUGAUUUCUGUGCACAAAGGUAUUUCAGGAAGAACCCUCUUGCUUAGAUUCCUCCUUAGCUUUUUCUCCCUCUCGUUUGCAGUACUGAGCUCCAGGUUGUGGAUUGGUUUUCCCCAGCCAUAGCUCACUAGAAAAAGGAACACAUUUCCUUUCCUUUUCUUUCUACACAUAGUUUUUAUUAAAUCUUUCUAAGGUUUUCAAACCAACUACAUUGUUUCGUAAGUUGUCUUCCCACCUUCACCCCUGAAGUGUUUUUACUGAAACCUCCACAGUGUUUUUGCUCAAAGCUGCAAAAGAAAGGGAAAGUGGUCAGUAGUUGUUUUAUCUUUUUAACCUCUCUCUUAUCGCAUAAGCACAAUGUUUGAUAAAAGAGAGCAGCAAGCCAGAUUAUGACUGCAAUAAUAAUAAUAAUAAUAAUAAUAAUAAUAAUAAUAAUAAUAAUAAUAUAUUUAUAGCCCCCACAGUGUGAUAGAUAUAUCCAUUUGCCUCUUGUUUUAGGCUUCCCUUGUCCCAGUGGGUCUCCCGUGUUAAACAAACACACAGGAAAGUAGAUAUGAGAAGGACUAAAAUAAGACAAACUGAAGAGGACAUUCCCAGGGCAACUUACUUUGUUUAUUGAUUUAUUAUUACAUUUAUACCCCACGUUUCCUUCAAGGAGUUCAUGGUAUAUGCAGUUCUACGCUUUCCCUGUUUUAUUCUCACAACAACCCUGUGAGGUAGGUCAUCUGAGGGAGCGUAGCUGACCCAAGGUCACCCACUGAGCUUCAGGACUGAGCAGGUUUUUGAACUUUGCUUUGUUCCAGUCAACGCACCAGAAAGAUCAAUGGCAAAAGGGGAGCCGAUAACUUCAGCUGAGUGUAGCUUGUGUCACAAAAAGACACCCUAUUUCUGCAUCAAGGCAAUCCUAAUUCUGUGCCAUGAAAACCUGCUCGCUGCAUCAGUCCCACCCUGACCUCUUGAGAUGUCAUCCUAUAUUUUUCACUCGUUCCAAUAUUUCUUUAUGGCCUUAAGGAAUUUUUAAAAUUUGCUUGUUAAACUGUGCUUGGUACCAUAUCCCACCCUUGUGAUCAGCUUCCACAGAAUACACAACGUCUGAAAGAAACCCUAUUCAAAACUUUUGCAAAAAAAGAAAAGGUCAUGAAUUCUUACACUGAUCCCCAGGCCAAAGCAAGGAGGCAGAUUGGAUUGGGCUCAAUUUAUGCCUUCUCAACAUUCAAUAUAUAUACCAGAUCUGGAUUUAUAUCACAGGGUGUUAGAAAGAAGCUUGGACCCUGACUACAAAUUGUAAUAAUAUAACAUUAAUAAAAUUGUUUCUAAUUAUUUUUUUUUUAAUGAGCUUGGGCUUGUUCGUUUAUCUUUAAGUAGAUCAUCUCACACUUUGGAUACCCAAGUGUGAAGUCAUACGAUUGACUGAAUCAGAAUUCGGAAACCGGUGCAAUUUUUCUUAUUUAUUUUUGUAACAGACAGAGGAAGGAGGUUUGGAACAAUUAACUUUGCAGAGGAAGAUAGGUUGUUGUGAUGAAUGACAGAGGAACAGGAAAGGAACGAGACCAGCGAUGAGUAAAGUGCCAACACUCUUUGCCUGCUGGAAUCCUUCUCAUUUCUAAGCAUUUACCCUCCAGAUACACAUACUCGGCUUCUUUACUGUAAGGGAAUUAGAAACUUGAUUUAAAAUACUAUAAAUAAAUAAAUAAACCUCAUUCAUGAGCUACAUUUAAUGCUUCAUGUUUCCAUGCAUCCAUGCAUGAGCAUAGCCAAGGAGGGGAGCAGAGAGGGGCAGCUGCACCCCACCUAAAUCAAUAAAAAUACAUAGCAAACUGAGCUUCUGCCCCCCCCCCCAAAAUCCUGGCUACACCCAUGCAGCCAUGUAUUCUUUUGACAAUAUUCAUUUUGGUACAGUUGCUUUUUCUGUGGAUCUUCUCAGUAGGUGCCCACAUAAAUAUAGGGUAGGUUUGAUGAUGAUGAUGAUGAUGCACCCCCUCAGCUCAGUGUCCUAUGCUGGAAAACCGCCCACCCCACCCUAAAUCUGGUGCUACCUUAAUCCUAUGCAGCAGAGUUGCAGAGGUUGUCUGUAACCAGAUCCCACUGAAAGCAGUAGACAUUGCAACCAUUUAUUUAUUGCAUUUUUAGCCCACCUUCCACCCCAAGCAGCUCAGGUGAACAUACGCCUUCCCACCCCUGUUUUAUUGCCGCAACAGCAUCACUGCGAGGCAGAUUAAGCUGUGUGAUCGUGACUGACCCAAGGUCAUGCUGUUAGGCAGAGGAACAAGUUGUACGAUUCAGGUACACUCUUUUUGCAUAAC